AUGAUGAACUUUUCUACCAUCGCGCCAGCGCCACUAGACCACAAGCCGCUGCCGCAGCGCACCAUGGGCUAUUCAUGCCAGCCGUGCGGCCGACGCAAAGUAAAAUGCGACAAGGCGGCUCCCACCUGCGCUGCCUGUCGCAAAACCGGUGCCGCGUGCGUCUACGAGGCGCCGCCCCCACGCAGCGGCAAGCGGCUGGUGACGAGGGACGUCCUCGACCGGCUCGCGCGCUACGAACGGCUGCUGAAAGAGCACGGUCUGCUCGACGCUGCGGGUGCUGAGGCGUCUGGUGAGCCGGCGGCGGCGCCCAAGGACCACCCGAUCUCCAUUCACUGGAACGCGAGCGUGGGGCAGGAGAGCGGCGCCGUGAUUGCGGGGAAGGGAAGGUCGCGAUAUGUCGAUGGCAGCUUCUGGAGGAAUAUUGGAGUCGGGGAGGACCAGCUAGCUUCGGAUGAAGAGGAGGAGGGUGGUGAGCUCGGCGUGACGCAGAUGCGCGCGCUGGCGGUUUCGGAUCCGCUGUCGGAUGCGUUGCUGGGUACCAGGCAGGCUUUGGGCCACUACCAUCCGACAGAAGAGGCUGCCAUGGUGAUGUGGCAGACGUACGCGGAGAAUAUCGAGCCCAUCACCAAGAUGCUCCACGUGCCUUCGACACGUAUCACUAUGGAGCAGAUUGCGCGAGAUCCUCAACUUGCCAAACCCCGAGAUGAAUGCCUCGCCUUUUCCAUAUACCACUUCGCCGUAUUCUCCAUGACGGACGAAGAGUGCGCCGAAAAGCUGGGCCAGUCUCGGACCGAACUGCUUUCCUCGUUCCACUUUGCCACGCGCCAGGCACUUGUCAAUGCCUCUUUUCUAAGAACCACCGACGUGACCGUUCUGCAAGCUCUAGUCCUCUUCCUCCUGCCGAGCCGGUACACGUACGAUGCGCACACGCACUGGAUCCUCACCGGCGCCGCCGUCCGCAUCGGCCAGCGCAUCGGGCUGCACCGCGACGGAGCAAAACUCGGUCUCGCCCCGUUCGACACCGAACUCCGACGCCGCUUGUUCUAUCCCCUCCUCUCCCUCGACGGCAUCGCCAGCCAGAUGGCCGGCACCGCCGUCACGCAGCUGCCCGAGACGUGGGACGUGCGGCAGCCGCUCAACAUCAACGACGACCAGAUCUGGCCGGGCAUGAUGGACGCGCCCGUCGAGCAGAGCGGCGCCACGGACAUGAUGUUCCGGCUUUCGAGGACGUGCAUCGGUCAGGCGUUUGCCAAGACGGGCAAGACGCACCGCGGCGGCGUCGGCGGCCACUUUGACGAAGCGGCACAGGCGGAGCAAGCGAUCCGGGAAGCGGAGCGUGAUGUGGAGGAAAAGUACCUCCGCUACUGCGACGUUGUCAAUCCUCUGCAUUUCCUGUCCAUGGCGCUGGCGCGAUCGGGCAUCCUAGCCAUGCGGCUGCGUGUGUACCUCUCCAAAAUGCGAAACAAGACGGCGACCAACGUGGACAAGCGCAAGACGCUGCCUCUCGCGCUGCGGAUACUAGACACCGACCACACGGUGUGUACGCACGCCGGGAUGUCCAAGUUCCGCUGGCACACGCAGUCCUUUUUCCUCUGGGGCAUGUGGGAUGCGCUCACGUUUGUGCUCAACGGCCUGUGGAAGGAGCCAGGCGUGUUUUCCUCUGCGGACGUGGAAUCGGCCUGGACGCGCAUGGUGCAGGUAUACCAGAACCACGCAGAGAUGCUCGAUUCCAAGCAGACGAUCCAUGUGGCGUUUCGCAAGCUCACGCUGGUCGCCUGGGACGCACACCACCAGUGCGAUGGGGGGCAGGGUGCGGAGCCAGCGUUUGUCGUGGUGCUGCGAGCACAGCAGGAGAGGAAACGACGGCGGCGUGCGGUCCAAGAAGCAGCGAUGAGCACGGCGGAUGAUGUGUUGGAUGCAGACAUGUUGAGCUGGCAAAGCGGCGCGUCCUUGUCGGAGUCGCCGUUGGACUUUAAUAUUGACGAUGCCGACUGGUCAUUUUGGGACGGGCUCCUCCACGGCGGAAUGCAAUGA